AUGGAGCAAGAUAAGCUAAGUGUAGUUGUCAAAAGACUGGGAAGUUGGUCCCAAAAGCUUUACCAAGAAAUUUCUUCUCCGCUGGAACGUCUUGAAGUAUCUGUUGAAGGACCCUAUGGACCUGCUUCAUCUCAUUUUCAAAGGUUAGUUUACCACCAGGAAAGAAGUCCUGUGUUUAGAAAACUGUACCACCUGGAAAGAAGUCCUGUGUUUAGAAAACUGUACCACCUGGAAAGAAGUCCUGUGUUUAGAAAACUGUCAUGA